GCUCCGGGGAUUAACGGUAACAGAGCAGCGACCUGCGAAGAGGAUCGCGAAGCAGGUUAAGCUUUCAGUGAGCGAGUAACCGGGCGACAGCUUGGCCGGGACGUUACUGCUCUUUUUAUUCUGCUUCAUUUUCUGCCCUUUUAUACAUUUUCCUCUUCUCUUUAACUCCUGACUGCAGCGGAGACCCACAGAGUUGAGAGAGGGUGAGCGACGGGAAGAGACACUCAGAGACAGAAAGAGAGAGAGAGCAAGAGAGAGAGGACAGCGAGAAAGGGAACGGGAGGGAGUGGGUGUAAAAGAAAAUCCCAAAUUCGAUAUUAAAAGCUUGUCUGACAAGCCAGGAAAUGUACUGGUUUGGAUUUUUAAGUGCUUAAUAACCAACAAACUCUCCCUAACCCGCGGAAUUUUUCUGGAUUAAUUUGAGUUUUCCACCCCUUUUUUUCCUACCUGGGAUAUUUUCUGCCUUGCAGCGGAAUUCUCCCUGUUUCACCUGCCCUAGGUGAAAGAGGGAGGAGAAGGAGCGGAAGAAGAGGCGAGAAAUAGAAGACAAAAAGAAGGAAGAUAGAGAACAGGAAGGAGACGGGUGGAGGGCUAAGAGAAUCACUCCAGUUUUCUCUCGGAUGGGAUUCUUCCCUUACCAAGCGGAUGGAGGGAUGAAACCGGGAGAGAAGAAGACGGGGGAGAGUGUGAAAGAGAGAGGAGCGAGAACAAGAGGAGGAUGUAGUCGUCGGGCGCUGUGAGAAUGCAAAACGGACGCACCCCUCCGGAAGACCGGAUUGAACUAUAAACCUAAACGGAAUUUACAGACAACCAAAGGAUAUUACGCACAUUUACUAAGAUAUAUACGUAUAUGGGGUAUAUUUUCGUAUUUGGAGCCUAUUUGUGUGGAAUUACAACUAUAAUUGUCGCAAUAAUGGGAUUUGGAGAAAUAAUUGCGCGCUGACAGCCGGUGAACGAAGAAAACGUAUCCUUGAAAGAGUGAGAAAAACCGAGGAGAAAAUUUUGGACCUGUACCUUCAUCCAUGAUGCUGUAGCUGUGGUAGCCUUGGUAACAUGUGAAUCCUGCGGCGUGUCAUCAGCAUUUACAUCUCUAAAGCCCUCGAAUUCUUAGCAAAACAGAUCAAAGUCAAAGUCGAGUCUGCCUGUCCCCUGCUCACUUUGAUGAAUGGAGACCUGGCUUGAUGGAGGGAUGGGGAGGAAGGAUGAAUAAAAGGGGGAAUGAAUAUAUGACUGAAGUAUAAGAAGCUCUGAAUGAAGUGACAGGUUGGAAGGAUAGAUGGGUUUCACCUUUCCAUCACCUUCUUCAAUGAUGUUCCUGUGUGAGGAGGAAAAGGGAGAGGACAGGGAGAAGAGAUAAAAGGAAAAAAACAAAAGGAGGAGUAUAAUUCACACAUGAGAGGAGACGCAGGUACAUAGGAUGCACACUCUAAGGUGUUGUUUCCAGGUACGGGGGGUAACCAUGGAAAGGCUGCUACUGUGUGUAAUGCUGGCCGUCGCCAUGGCUGUGCGGGCACAGAUAUGCCCAAAACGCUGCGUAUGUCAAAUACUGUCACCCAACCUGGCAACCCUCUGUGCCAAGAAAGGUCUACUAUUUGUCCCACCCAACAUUGACAGACAUACAGUGGAGCUACGACUGGCUGACAAUUUUGUCACAAGUGUGAAAAGAAAAGAUUUUGCAAACAUGACGCGUUUGGUGGACCUAACAUUAUCCAGAAACACCAUUUCCUACAUCACACCUCAUGCCUUUGCUGAUCUGGAAAACCUCAGAGCCCUACACCUCAACAGCAAUCGACUGACGAGGAUAGGCAAUGAUACAUUCAGUGGGAUGUCCAAGCUUCAUCACCUGAUUCUGAACAACAACCAGCUGGUCAUGAUUCACCAGGGAGCAUUCAAUGACCUGCUGGCACUGGAAGAAUUGGAUCUUAGUUACAAUAACCUCGACUCUAUUCCAUGGGAGGCCAUCCAGCGAAUGACAAGCCUCCACACGCUGAGUUUAGACCACAACAUGUUGGAAUACAUUCCAGAGGGAACCUUUUCCCUUUUACAGAAACUAAACCGGCUGGAUGUCACCUCUAAUAAACUCCAAAAGCUACCACCUGACCCACUUUUUCAACGAGCACAGGUUCUAGCAACGUCAGGGAUGCACGCCUCUUCUUUUGCACUGUCAUUCGGUGGCAACCCUCUCCACUGCAACUGUGAGUUACUUUGGCUGCGAAGGCUGAACAGGGAGGAUGACCUGGAGACGUGUGCCACACCCCAGCACCUGUCUGGCCGAUACUUCUGGUCCAUCCCUGAAGAGGAGUUUCUCUGCGAGCCUCCACUCAUCACCAGAUACUCUCACGAGAUGAGGGUCCUUGAAGGCCAGAGAGUUGCUCUCAGGUGUAAGGCAAGAGGUGACCCAGAGCCAGCCAUUCACUGGAUCUCUCCUGAGGGUAAACUGGUCUCUAAUUCCUCCAGAACACUUGUCUACGCUAACGGAACUCUGGACAUUGUCAUCAGUAAGGUGCAAGACACUGGCUCGUUCACCUGCAUCUCCUCCAACCCCGCCGGCGAGGCUCACCAAACAGUGGAUUUGGUUAUUAUCAAACUCCCGCACAUUUCCAACAACACAAACAACAUCCAGGAGUCUGACACGCGAUCGUCGGACAUUUCCACAUCAACCCGAGGCGGCGCCAAUGGGAGCAACGCGACAGGUGAUGUGAAGAGUGGUGUGGAUAAGAGGGUGGUGACAGCUGAGGCCACGUCAUCAACUGCACUGAUCAAGUUCAACUUCCAGAGGAAUAUACCAGGAAUUCGGAUGUUCCAGAUACAGUAUAACGGAAGUCAGGAUGACUCACUGGUUUACAGAAUGAUCCCUCCAUCAAGCAAGAACUUCCUAGUCAACAACCUGGCGGCUGGCACCCAGUACGACCUCUGUGUCCUGGCCAUCUACGAUGACGUUAUCACCUCUCUGACAGCGACGCGAGUGGUCGGCUGCGUGCAGUUCACCACCGAGUCAGAGUACAUGAGAUGUCAUUUUAUGCAGUCUCAGUUCCUGGGCGGGACUAUGAUCAUUAUCAUCGGAGGGAUAAUAGUGGCCUCGGUUCUAGUUUUUAUUAUCAUCCUGAUGAUACGAUAUAAGGUGUGUAACCCUAGUGAGGGUGGCAAAGGCAUUUCAAUGUCAAUGACCAACGUUCACUCACAGACCAAUGGGCAGCAAUCACAGGGCUGCACCGUGACUCCAAGCUCCUCUAAACAUGGCUCAAUCGGAUUAGACGACCUCUCAGGAGGCACAAAGAGGAGUGGAGCUGCAGCAGCGGGAGGUGGGGGAAAGGAUACAAUAGCUCAGGCCUCUGAGUCUUCCCUGCCUGACUGCCCCACAGCCACAUCGGUUCUCAGCCAGGCUUGGUCAGCCAGAAGCCCAACAGCUGGAGCCGAGGAACGAGAGAAAACAGUUGAAGAGAGAGCUCAAGCCGGCAUUGCAUCACCCACCACCACCACAGGCUCCCUACACAAGCCAAAGCGAAAGCCCGCCCCAACUAAGCCCGGCUCUGCUUGCUCCAGUGGCCAGGGGAUGAUCGAGAACCUCCCAACUGCCUCCUCGACACGGCCACCUUCCUCCACUUCCACCGCCUCCUCCGCCCUCCUUCAUUCCCCAUCCCCCGGACCCCUGGAGAAUCUCAACACCAACCGAAAUAACUCCACCGCUCUCAAUCAGACCCCACCACCUCCCUUUGCCUCUUCCCCUUUCUUCAGCCCCAUCGCCACACCGAGCCCAGUCCCAUCUGUGCGAUUCAGAGAGACGCCCAUCCUGCGCCGGGCUCCUCGCACCACCUCCUCCUCUGCCAGAUAUCAGACUCUUCCUGUGGAGGAGGGAGGAAGAAGCAGAGCUAGGAGGAGGUACUCACUCAGUGAAGGAGGCUCAAAAACUCACUCCGCCCACCAGGGAGGAGGAGGAGGAGGAGCACCCAAAAUAGGACGCGUAAUACGGAACAAAAGGAGCCAAUCAAUGAGCGGUAUGCUACUCCCAAAAGAUGGGGACGAAGAGUCGGACAAAGGGCGGUGUGACUCUGACUGGAUCUUAGAAAGCACAGUUUGAACUGGAAUGAGCCAGUGACCAUAAAAUGAACUUUGGUUUAUUCAUUGUUUGUCCUUUGUGUGAGUGGAUGCGUGCAGUGUGAAUCAGUUUUGUUUAUAGGCGUAUGCGUGAAAAGCCUGCUUGUGUCACGAAAAACUUUGUGUGUUGUUACUGUGUGUUUUCCUGUUUGAAUUUUCUUUCUAAACGUGUGACAGGAUGACUGUGUUUCUGGUAAACAUGUGUGCGCUUUUUUUUCCCUUUCUUUUUUUUAAAUAAUCAAUCUUUUCAUAACUUUUCUCCACAGUUAUUUGUACUUGGUUUACAGUUUACAGUUUUGUUUUUUGAUUUUGUUUCCACUUCAACAGUAUCCAUUUUGCAGUCAAUCAUUCAGCGAGUGGAUAACUUGCCUUGUCUCAUAGCGUCCUCGAGUUGUCUCGUUGGUUCCACUUUAUAGCACAAAAGAAAAACAAGACAAUGGACUCGCCACAUCAUUUCCCGAUUCACGUUCACCUUAUCUGAAAAAUACCACAAAAAGGGAAUUAAUACAGGAAAUAAGAGGAAUAAAAAAUACAAAAAUGGGAAAAGCACACCAUUCUUAAUGUUCACAAGCUCACAGAGAUGUGCAUCCAUAAUGUGGCAAGAGAAUAGCAGUCGGUGCCUUCUUUUGCACUAACAGACCCUCACUAACAGAUACUUUAACCGGAUUUAGGACUCCACCAUGGCUCCACGAAUGAGGGGACGGAUUAAGGAAGAGAGAUUUCACACAUAGCCUUUCUUACCUAUUGCGGAGUACCGACCUUUUCUGGACAUAUAAAGACAAAAUGUUACAGACAGAUGAAGACUUUAAUGAACCUCUUAUGAAAUUGAUAUUUUUUAAAGGGAAGUAUUAAAAAAAAGCAAAGAAAAAAAAAGCAACGUGAGAACCUUGUGAGCUUUUCACUGACACUGGUAUAAUACAGCCUGUGUUGGUCACAAGCUCACAGAAAGCUUCUGUACAGAAAAAGACAACAUGUACUGUGUUGUUAUGUUGUGUAAAAUAAAAAAGGGAUAAAAUGA